AUGGAGAAGAUCUGGGUUUCCUGCCCAGAUCAGAUUUGUGAUAAAGAAUGGCAUUACUACGUUGUCAAUGUUGAGUUUCCUGUUGUUACCUUAUACAUGGAUGGAACAACAUAUGAACCCUACCUUGUGACCAACGACUGGCCUAUCCACCCUUCGCACAUCGCCAUGCAGCUGACAGUUGGUGCUUGUUGGCAAGGAGGUGAGGUCACAAAGCCCAGAUUUGCUCAGUAUUUCCAUGGCAGCCUGGCCAGUCUCACUAUCCGUCCAGGGAAAAUUGAGAGUCAGAAAGUGAUUUCCUGUUUGCAGGCUUGCAAGGAAGGUCUGGAUAUUAAUUCUCUUGAGAGUCUUGGCCAAGGAAUAAAGUAUCACUUCAACCCUUCCCAGUCAGUCCUUGUUAUGGAAGGAGAUGACAUAGAGAAUAUAAAUCAAGCUCUCAGAAAGGUCUCAUACAUCAACUCCAGACAGUUUCCUACCGCAGGCGUACGACGUCUCAAAGUCUCAUCUAAAGUCCAAUGUUUUGGUGAAGAUGUCUGCAUUAGUAUCCCAGAUAUAGAUGCGUACGUAAUGGUGUUUCAGGCCAAUGAGCCCAAGAUUACAAUAAGUGGGAUGGAUCACUUUGCUAGACCAGCUGCACAGUUUGAAAGUGAAAGAGGUGUUAUUUUGUUACCUGACAUCAGGAUUGUCAGCACAGUCACUAAAAUGGAGCAUCCAGUGGAUUUAAAAGAACAUGGCAGAGGCAAUCAGCCAGUGGUAUUAGAGGAAAUGCUCCACAACUUGGAUUUCUGUGAUAUUUUGGUCAUUGGUGCAGAACUAGAUCCUGAACAAGAGUGUUUAGAACUAGAUUAUGUGGAGCUUCAAGGAAAACAUCUAGAUGCCACAAAUUCCACAGCAGGAUAUUCAAUCUAUGGUGUGGACAGCAUUCACAGCUAUGAGCAGGUUCUUCGGCAGAUUCGAUAUCGUAACUGGUACACUUCUGCCACCUUUGACAGAAAGUUCAGAGUCAAGUGCUCAGAGCUAAAUGGACGUUACACCAGCAAUGAAUUUAACUUGGAGGUUAAUAUUCUACACAGCUCCAACUCCAACUUCAUGGACCAUGUAAAUCAUAUGAUGGUACAACCACAAUUUCUCCAAUCUGUCCACCACUCAGAGGGAACCACAAGGGCUGUUCACAACUCAGUUGUUCCCAGUCUGGCUACCAUCGUUAUCAUAAUCUGUGCGAGCAUACUCAUUUUCAUCAUAACCUUGGGGGUCUAUCGAAUUCGGACAGCUCACCAGCACUGCUCUGCAGACGGUGAAGGAAGUAAAGAAAAUGAAAUGGAUUGGGAUGAUUCUGCUCUGACUAUUACUGUCAACCCCAUGGAGAAAUAUGAAAAGCCUCACCAGACAGAAGAGGAGAGUGAGGAGGAAGAAGAAGACAUAGAAGAUGAAGAGGAAGACACAACCAGUGCUGAAUCAGAUGAAAGUGAAGAGGAGGAAGAGGAAGAGGAGGAGGAAGUCAUUGUCCGAAAGACAGACAAACAGAAUGCCAGCAGGCAAGAGCAGUUGGAGUGGGAUGAUUCAACACUCCG